AGGCCCGUUGUGUCUUUCAGGUCACCGUUUUCCUCUUCGUCUCUUUGCUACGGCGGAGCGCUUCAAGUUUCUCUGUGUUGAAAAGUUGAGAUUCAGGUGGUGGGGGGAGGACUGUUAUUUGCUCUCCAAGGGCGUCAGCCGGAUGACCCAGGUCUGAGAGUUUCCCAGAGGAAGUUGAGUCCAGUUUAUUGUUUGUUUCCAUUACUCUCAACCAACAUACUCAACCUAGUUUCCAUCAGAUACUUUUUACCUUGCCCCAAUCCAAGGAGUCCCUUGGCUGGUAUACAUCUGGAAGGAGAAACUGUAAAAAUGUAUGGUGCUCCCCUAAUUGCGUCAGAUCUGUGCAAACAAAUGACAGCCUCUGAAGCACUUAACCAGACUAUUUAAGGAGAAACUCUGAAUGGCUUUGCUACAUUCUGGAGAGCGUUCCUUGUCCUGGCUAGUCAGAAGAUCUACCUGCACUUGAUUUGAAGCUAUGUAUAGUGGGAUUUGCAUCUUCCUGUUCCUGGCUAUGUUGUCCCUGAACUCCUUGGGACAGCAAACAUCUGGAUCCCACCAUGCAAUGACAAAUCUCGACCAGAGCGUGUUAGAAAAUCACCGACAUGCCCGUAUUCCAACCUCAGGAAAACCUGCCCAGCUGGCAGAUGGCAGCAUUGACCAAAAGGCCAACCUUGGAGCUCUGUUAGCCAAAUAUCUCCAGCAAGCCCGAAGAGGUUCUACUGGAAAAGUUUCUGUGAUGGGGUUACAGAAUUUUGACCCUACCCACAGGAUAAGGGACAGAGACUACAUGGGCUGGAUGGAUUUUGGACGUCGCAGUGCUGAAGAAUAUGAAUACUCCUCUUAAAAAUUGUCCAACUUUGUUUAAAAGAAAUGAAAUUCAAAAUCCUUGUACAGAAAUACGAUUUUCUGUAAAAAAAAAAUAUGUUGGCAUCCUUUACAAAUUGAUGUUUAAAAUAUCUGUAUUUGAUGUAAAUUUGUCUGUAAAACUAUACAAUAUAUAUUUUGCAAACAUAUGCAGAGUUUUCAAGAAUGUGGAUAUAUCAGAAGUAUUUUAUUCAUUUCUUGAUAAUUUUAUCAUUGCAAAUGUUGCUAUCUCUUUCUUAAAAAAUUGUUUGCAAUUUAACACAAAAACCAUUUGUUAAUUUGAACUAUUUAUGUGUUAGAAAAUAUCAACCCAAGAGUCAGAUUCAAAUACAUUCAAAAGUAGUAUUAUUGCAAUCAGUGAGACUUUAAAUUUUUCAUGAUCAACUGAAUUGACUGCAAUGAAUCCUCUUUACAUAUGAUUAAACUUUGAUUUGAUUCUAUUUAUUUAGAUAUUAACACUAUAGAAAAGUCAUUAUACCAAUACAUUCAAAAUUUGGUCAAAUAAUUUUCUAGGCAUGUUAUGGCCUCUGGUUAUUUGAUUUUGUGCAGUAAAUGUGAAAAUUCUGAUACAAUUAUUCACACUAGAAUAAACAGAACUUUCCUUGC